UAUCGUUUUUUAUAAAUAAUUUCAGUCGUCGGUUUGUAGUUUUGGGUUCUGUUCUGUUUUCUGGCCUCUCGUGUCACAGAUUCCAGCCUACAGUGGUUUUGUUCACGCUGUGGCUUUGUCCAAACAUGUCUCAAGUCCAACAGCUGAGAGAGAUGUUGAAACAACGGCUGACUGCAGCUGAUGAUGAACUAUUGGAAUUGUUUGAAAGAACAAUCACAGAGUACGAAGAACAAAUUUGUCGAUUAAAAGAAGAGAACAAACGCAAUAAAGUGCUGGAUGCUGUUUUCAAUCCUCAAGUUGACGUACACAGAGCAGACAUUCAACAGCUGCUUGUAAGUAAAGAAGAAAUUGUCCCUCAGGAGCAGGAUUGGUAUCUGAGUGUUGACCUGGACGACAUUAAACAUGAACAAGAGAAACUCGGCACUACUCGGGAGGGACAGCUACUUCAGCAGCUGGAGGAGGCUGAUACCACUCCGUUCCUUUUCUCUCCUAUCACUGUGAAGAGUGAACAUGUUGAAGAAAAACCACAGAUUCAGAUAAAUCAAUGCCAAACAGAUGAGACCAUGGAGGCAGAGUCUCCAGCCAGCAACUCACCUGAACACAGAACAGCACAACAUGGUGGUGAGGACUAUAGAAGAACGCAACCACCUAGUAACUGGGGUCCAUAUAGUCAUCUGCAUCCAGAUACCGGUGGCAGGAGUUUAAACAGUUCUGAAAGUGAGACUGACAGUUAUGAAUGGAAACAGACAGGGCAACUUCCUUCAAGUUGUGUUACAAACACUGAUGUCUGUGUUAGCAAUAGCAGUUAUACCAAUGCUCAAACACAAUGUAAUUGGUCCAAAUAUGGAAAAAUAUUUUGUCACAUGGACUAUUCCAAACAGCACAUAAAUCAAGCAAGUGCGAAACCAUUUAGCUGCCCUGAACAGGGUAGAAGAUGGAGGGAAAACGGCAUUCUAAGCACACACAUGAAAAGCCAUGCAGCAGAAAAACCAUUUGGCUGCUCCGAGUGUGGCAAAAGGUUUAAAAUAAAGAACACACUGAGUGAGCACAUGAGAAUUCAUACAGGAGACAAACCAUUUGGCUGCUUCGAGUGUGGUAAGAGAUUUCGAUCAAAGAGCACGCUGACCAGACACAUGAGAGUUCAUACAGAUGUGAAACCAUUUGGCUGUUCUGAGUGUGGCAAAAGAUUUAAAUACAAGGCUUCUCAUAGCAAACACAUGAGUACUCAUACAGGAAAUAAACCUUUUGGCUGUUCUCAAUGUGGUAAACGAUUUGGGCAAAAGAGCUAUAUGCAUCGACACAUGAGAAUUCAUACAAGUGACAAACCAUAUAGCUGCUCUCAGUGUGGUAAAAGAUUUGGACAACGGAGUAGUCUUAAGGAUCACAUGAUAUUUCAUACGGGAGAGAAACGAUUUGCCUGCUCUGUGUGCCGUAAACUAUUUGGACUAAAGAGUAAUCUUAAUAAACACAUGAGAAUUCACACAGGAGAGAGACCAUAUGGCUGUUUUCAGUGUGGUAAAAGAUUUGGACAAAAGGGACAUCUGAACAAACACUUGAGAAUUCAUUCAAGAGAGAAACCAUUUGGUUCUUAGACCAACAUAUGGUGUGCAACUCCAUCUCGUACAACUUUUGAGAUUGCCAAAGUGGUCCAACUAAUGCUGUUUGCUGAAAGCAGUAUUUUCAAUGUUUAGAUUAUUUCUUCAUUUGUUUGUAUUUACUUUAUGUCAUACCUCAAAAAGUGAAAUAAUACAGGUUUACUGUCACAAGUCUUAACUAACAUUAGGGAUGCAAUAUAUUGGAUUUUUUUUAAAUUGAUAUUCAUUAUGCAGCUAUUUUCAAACUCCUUUUGGCCAAUGCAGAAAGUUUUUACUCUCUGCUUUAGCUUUUAAUUGAAAAGAAGACAGUUUGCCUCUUAUUUUAAUCUGUUACUUUUAUUGUGGUGGCUUAUUUUACAAAUGUAUAACCACUCAUGGAAAAAUAAGGAAACUUUGAACAGAAAAUGUAAAUUAUAUGCUGGUGCCUCAAUUCGGUUAAGACAAAGCAAAAUCAAAGGUAAUUUUUGCAAGCCACAAACAGCAGUUUAAGAACGUAGUGACAGUAUGCAUUCUAUUAUACAAAAUAAAAGAAAUGCCACAUUUUAAAAGUAACAUUCAUUUUUUUAAUCUAAUUA